AUGCGUUUCACCGCUGCCACCGUCUUUGCCCUUGUCUCCCUGGCUGCCGCCCAGGAGACCACUACUGCCCCUGCCGUCCCUGGUGCCUCUGAGCUCAGCUCCAUCAUCGCCUCCGCCUCUAGCGCCAUUGAGUCCAAUGCCUCUGGCGUCCUGAGCAGCGCCUCCGGCGCCGCCUCGUCCCUUGCCGGAGAGGCCUCUUCCCGCCUCGGCUCCAUCACCUCGGCCGCUGCCUCUGUGCAAAGCUCCUUGAGCGGGGCUCUUAGCUCUGCCACCGAUGCUUCCGCCUCUGCCAGCAUCUCUUCCGCCAUCGACGCUGCCUCCAGCUCCGCUGCAUCGGAAGCUUCCGCUGCCACCGGCUCUGCUGCCAGCACCACCGCCCCCGGCGCUGGUGCCCACCAGACCGCUGCCGUCGCUCUCGGUGCCCUCUUCGGUGGUGCCGCUCUCGUUGCCAACCUGUAA